AUAUUUUUUAAGGUUAGUUUAUAUUGUCAAAGCGAAUAUAAAACAAAAUAAUUUAUCCAAUAAUUUGAUAAAAAGAAUUAAAAUGCUGCCACUUUCCCUUUUAAGAACAGCCCAAAAUCACCCUAUGCUAGUGGAAUUAAAAAAUGGAGAAACGUACAACGGCCAUUUAGUUAGUUGCGACAAUUGGAUGAAUAUUAACUUACGAGAAGUUAUAUGCACAUCCAGGGAUGGUGACAAAUUUUGGAGAAUGCCAGAAUGCUACAUCCGUGGGAGUACCAUAAAGUAUCUGCGAAUUCCUGAUGAAGUCAUCGAUAUGGUGAAGGAAGAAACAGUCGCUAAAACUAAAGGCAGAGGGGACAUGAAGGGAGGUAGACCGCAAAAUCAAAGGAACAGACCUGCUGCUCGAGGAAACUUUGGAGGAGGAAGGCCGAAUAAACCUGGAAACCAAGGAGGGAGAAAUCCUCCGUUUCAAAAACAAAAACCCAAGCCGUAG